UAGACAGGCUUUCUUCACUGAGCAUGUAUGGAAUGUAUUCAUCCCUGGUGUGAGAAAGACUACAAAUAGAUGUUUUUCACAGGUUAGAUUGUUCCUGCUCCAGGUUUUGCUAAUCCAACCAAUGCAUUGUGAUCAAUUUAUAAUGUGUUAGUUAUUUUGUCCUUAAACAUUUAGAACUGCCUGACAUGUAUUUUACUAUCUGGAUUAAUUCAACAGCAGUCUGAAACCAAAUUAAUUUGGUAUUUUAUGGUUAAUUUUUGGUGUGACGUAACACCAUUUAUGUGGGCUAGAUUCAAGAAAUUAAAACUUAUUGGCAAAAUAUUCAUCUGAAAUCUUUCAUUUGUUUAACCACCAAUAUGUGCACAUUCAAUGCCUAAUUGAGCUUUGAUUAUUAAAGCAACAGCUAAAUAAAUUUGCCAUGAACACAGUCAGGACUGAUUGGAUCUGCAGCCUAUGCAGUGCAUGUUUGGCCCGGCUUUGGGAAAAUACUGUCGGACGGGGGACUGCUAGUCCAACAUUGUAACAUGUAAAAUACCUUAAAACUAAAGAGGUUAGUUUAACAUGCAGGUUAGCACAUAUUAACUUAUUUAAAAAAGCCAAAAAUAGCUCAACCAUAAAUUGCCAUACUAUUUUCAGUUUUGUGGUAUGGGUUUGAGCAGUGUUGCAAUAAUGUUGGGGUGUGUUUACCUUGUUUGUUGUUACAUCACAAGGCCAUUUUUCUCAUCGCAUCUAAGUUUGCUCAUGGUUUUGGUUUGUACUUAAACAGUUACAUAUCUUGAUAUAUUAAAAUAGCCACAGUUGCUCUACCAGUUGUUGCAUCCAAGGCUGUUGGAAAUAGCAGACUGGUAUGAGGCCGAAAGGCGGGGCUCUUUCUUAUGACGCUGGGGGAGUGACGUCGACGAGUUGAUAAGUAGUUUCCCUGCACCCGGUCUGUAUUGUGUCUGUGUGUGAAGUCAGCGGGUGGAGACUGAAUUCACAAACAUUGACUUGUGAUUGUUUGUCCUGGACUAAUUUCAAAACAAGCUGUGACAUGGAGGUCAGCGCAGAGGCCAAGAGGAUCAUGGUCGUGGCUUUGGGGAAACUGUACAGCUCCCGCACCCAGAGAGGAGGCCUCCGCCUCCACCGGAGCCUCCUCCUGACUCUGGUAAUGAAAUCCGCCCGGGACAUGUACCAUGCGGCGCAGGCGACGACGGAAAGUGUUGCAGGAGGAUAUGAACAACAACAGCCCGCGGCUGAGGGGACCACAGAGCCCACUGGCGCCCAAACCGAGCUCCUGGGUGCCGCCUCGCUUGCCACCGAGAAGCCGCGGACUUUAACCCGAGAGGAGGUCUCAGGCUCUCCCACCGAGCUGCGCCGUCACGCAGAAAACAAGGAGAAUAUGUGCCCGACUGGCCCGGCACAGCAUUCGAGGAAAAGACGGGGCAAAGCGGCCAUGGAGCCGGACUUUUUGCCUUGUAAAAAGGCCAAACUUGAGCAGGCAAUCUGCCCUCAGCAGCUCAGUGUAAAUUCAGUGUUGCUUGACUACGUGAACUGCAGCAGCAAACUGGGAGCACCCCCAUCCCCCAUGCUUCUCCAGAGAGCCAUUGCAGCGUGUUGAAACCCGGCGCAGAUCAAAGGAAUUGUACUUUACUACACGGCCUUGGGAGCGUGAACGCGCCUCAGAGAGGGCCUCUUCAGGGGUUGUUUGGAGGAACACCCGGUACGGUGUGUUCUGAACGUCCCGAGCAGGACUCUGAACAUGCCGGGGCAUGUUACGGGAAAACACGGAAGCAGCCCUGCGGCGUGAAGUAGCCCCGGUGACUUUUGGCCUAGUUACUGGCCACGGCUCACUAUAACUGGCUUCGACUGGGAAGGGCGGAACUAAGGACACUGGUUCAUCCGAAUGAGGCCUUGAGCUGUCUGAAUGAAAAUGUACAGCUCACCAGAUGUAGUAUGUUGUGGGUGUGGGGACCAGUGCUGAAUGAAGACUGGAAAUGUGUUGACUUCAAAUGUAAAACAUUCAAUGACAAAUACCUCAGUAUUUAUUAAACAUUUUUGUACUCUA